AUGUCGAAGGAACGUGGACUCGUCGAAUUGGGAUGGAAAUGUCUGGUGCUUGGGAGUCAACAACCGCAGGAGUUCAACAACGGGAAAUGGGUAUCGGAGUCAAAUGAAGAAUUUCCUAUUGACAUUGUACUUGGAAUGGACAAAAUAUCACAAAUAUAUAAGGUCAUCAUCGAAACUGACGAGCAAUAUACACCUUCGAAAGUGGAAGUAUGCAUAGGAAUUGGCGAUGACGCUCUUGAAAGAAGCUACAAAAAUGCACGGAUGGCGGAAUUCAGUGAAAUUGUGGAAAUGGAGUUUGAUGGCAGUCAGAGGAUUGCCAAUAGGAUGGAAUUGAGGAACGCAUUUGAAAGCUUUCCCGGACAGUACAUGUGGUUGAUGGUGCAUGAACCGGACACAACCUUUUCGAAUAGGUAUAAAAGGGUGGGAUUCAAGAAAGUGACCAUACUCGGCUAUCCGCUAUCAGACGCUGAAAUUGCCGAGCUUAACUCAAAAAUCAAGAACGGAAACGUAAAUGGAAGAUUGAAUUCCAGAGGCUCAUCUCGUGCGUCUUCGAGGCCAUCUUCAAAGAGCAGACGCCCGGCUUCAUCGCAAAAAGAUAAACAGGAAAAGGCCAGAUAUCCUCCGGAAGGACGGUAUAGCUAUAGUGGAGAUGGAAUGCAUAUGAACAGCGAAGGACUUGGAGGAGAUCCAUUGUCAACUGUACGUCUAGUGAAGAAAGUGCUCAAAGAUAAAAUGGAAAAAGCAAAUCAGGAGGAGAGGGAAGUGGAGGCGACGGUAUGUUUGAGGGGCAUACAACGAUUAAAGGAGCAUGAGAAAAUGCUUGAAGAACUUUCACAGAAGCGAAGCAACGCACUUGUGCAUAAUGAAACGGAGCAGGCUGAGAGGAUUUUAUUGUCUAUGAAGGACUGCCGUGAUACUGUAUUGCGAUCCGUUCAUGUGGAUUUGCUGCUAGGACGCGAUGAGUUGCGAGCCAUCGGAAUCGAUUCUCAAUGGGCAGAAUGA